GUAACUCUCGUGCGUAUUGUAUACGUGAGUCGUCACACGAUAAGCACUAGUAGCAUCUUGUAAAUUUGGACGCGGUUUCCUUAAAUUAAAAAUGAAGCCGAAACCAGAAUUGACAACUGCAUCGUCAUGGAGUAAAUUGCAACAAUAUUUCGAUGCUAAUGGGUCGAAAGUCAAAAUAUACGAUCUUUUUCAACAAGAUCCUAAACGCUUUGAAAAGUUUAGUCUAGAAAUUCCAACUCCCAAUGAUGGCUCAAUUUUACUUGAUUACUCCAAGAAUCGCCUUACAGAAGAAGCAUUUAAAUUAUUAUUAGAACUGGCACGUGAGCGAGAGAUUGAAGAUGCAAGAGAUGCCAUGUUUAAAGGAGAAAAGAUCAAUUUUACCGAGAACAGAGCAGUUCUGCAUAUUGCUUUGCGUAAUAGAGAUAAUAAACCCAUAUUAGUAGAUAAUAAAGAUGUAAUGCCAGACGUGAAUGCUGUUUUGAAACACAUGAAAGAAUUUACAGAUGAAGUCCUCUCAAAAAAAUGGAAAGGUUUCACUGGCAAAGCAAUUGAAGAUGUUGUUAAUAUCGGAAUAGGUGGUUCAGAUUUGGGUCCGUUGAUGGUGACAGAAGCAUUGAAAGCAUAUCAUGUCGGGCCAAGAGUUCAUUUUGUUAGUAACAUCGACGGAACUCACAUAGCCGAAACUCUAAAAAAAUUGAAUCCAGAAACAACUCUUUUUAUAAUAGCAUCGAAAACAUUUACUACUCAGGAAACGAUUACAAAUGCUACUUCCGCUAAAUUAUGGCUUUUGGAUGCUUUGAAAAAUGAUGCUGCGGUUGCACGCCAUUUUGUUGCGUUAUCUACCAAUAACCAGAAGGUUACAGAAUUUGGUAUCGAUGAGAAAAAUAUGUUUGGAUUUUGGGACUGGGUCGGAGGACGUUAUUCUUUAUGGUCAGCCAUUGGUUUAUCGAUUAGCUUGUCCAUCGGCUUUGAAAAUUUUGAAAAACUGUUGAGCGGAGCACACUUUAUGGAUCAACAUUUCUGCAGUGCUCCGUUAGAAAAAAACGCACCGGUUAUAUUAGCUCUGCUUGGUGUAUGGUAUCACAAUUUUUAUAAAGCUGAAACGCACGCAUUAUUGCCAUAUGAUCAGUAUUUGCACAGGUUCGCAGCAUAUUUUCAACAAGGUGAUAUGGAAAGUAAUGGGAAAUAUGUUACUCGAGCAGGAAAAACUGUAAAUUAUAAUACAGGCCCAAUUGUGUGGGGAGAACCUGGUACUAAUGGACAACAUGCAUUUUAUCAAUUAUUACACCAGGGUACUAGACUUGUACCUGGAGAUUUUAUAAUUCCAGUACAAUCGCACAAUAAGGUCCAAGGAACUCUUCAUCACAAAAUAUUGCUUGCCAAUUUCUUUGCACAAACUGAAGCAUUGAUGAAGGGUAAAAAUGAGAAUGAAGCCCGAACUGAAUUGCAAAAAGCGGGAAUGAGUCCUGAACAAGUGAAUUUGCUAUUACCACAUAAGAUGUUCGAAGGGAACAGACCUACCAAUAGCAUUCUCGUAAAAAAAGUAACACCUUUUACUCUUGGAGCUUUAAUCGCAAUGUACGAGCAUAAGAUUUUUGUGCAAGGCAUUAUCUGGGAUAUCAAUUCAUUUGAUCAAUGGGGCGUUGAAUUGGGAAAACAAUUGGCAAAAGUAAUUGAACCGGAAUUGGAGACUGAUAAUGCAAUUACAAGUCACGACUCGUCAACAAACGGGAUGAUCGCAUUUGUCAAGCGCAACAAAUCUUAAAACGUUUCUUAAACCGUACGGAGUAAUGUUAAGGUACAACAUAGUAAUCAUCAAUUAUUCUAUUUAAGGUUACGUUAAUAUGCGAAUGAUCAAAAUAUAAACGUUCUUUUUUGUAAAUUCUGUAUAAUGUUGAAUACAUAAUUUCUAUUUGUCUAAUUACAAAAUACAUUGGGAGUUAUAAAUUGUGAAAAAGCGUAUAAUAUAUAGAACAAUUGUUGAAUGUAA